GAACAGACCUAUGAUAAGUCAAAGUUGAUCUAGAGGUUAGGAAGGUUUUGACCAGUUUUGACGGCUAGCUUGGCGGUUGAUGUUGUAGCUGCGUUACUUUUGACUGCUGAUAUUUAAUACACGAAACGAAUCAUGACUUCGCUUCUCGCACCAGAAAUCCCACAGUCAGGUUUCUCUUUCGAUCUCUGUCAAAGGAAUAAUGCUCUGGUUAAGAAAGGCUUUGCUGCUCCGAAAGUAGUCAAGACAGGUACCACCAUUGCUGGUGUAAUAUACAAGGAUGGCGUUAUUCUUGGCGGUGAUACACGAGCUACUGAAGAUACUAUUGUAGCCGACAAGUACAGCUUGAAGAUUCAUUUUCUUGCUCCCAAUAUGUACUGUUGCGGAGCCGGUACAGCGGCCGACACUGAAAUGACCACCGAGAUGAUAUCUAGCCAGUUGGAGUUGCAUCGUCUGAAUACUGGUCGCAUCGUACCCGUGUGCACUGCCAAUACUUUGAUAAAACAGAUGCUGUUCCGUUAUCAGGGUCAUAUUGGUGCUGCACUUAUUUUGGGGGGUUUCGAUCUCGACGGGCCCCAGUUAUAUUGCAUUUAUCCCCAUGGUUCAUCUGAGAAGCAGAAGUAUACCACUAUGGGAUCUGGCUCACUGGCUGCUAUGGCAGUCUUCGAAAGCAGAUGGAGACCGGACUUGGAGGAAGAGGAUGCGAAGCGGUUAGUGGCAGAUGCCAUUCGCGCGGGCGUGUUUAACGAUCUCGCGUCGGGAUCCAAUGUGGAUCUCUGCAUCAUUCGCAAGAACAGCGUCGAGUACUUGCGACCGUAUGAAACCGCCAGCGUGAAGGGCCAGCGGCAGAUUAGCUAUCGUUAUAAGCCCGGCACCACGUCGGUGCUUACGAAAACAGUACAGCCGAUUAUCGUGGAGGAGGAGACGGUGCGCACGAUCGAAUCCGAAGCGAUGGACACGACCGCAUAAAGUAAUUAAUUUAGCUUCUUAUAUAAACUAUAAAAAAAUAAAAAUUUUUUCAAGCAAGAGACUUGAUGAUUGUAAAUCAACUCGUUUGUAAUAAAGAUAUUUCUGGGAUUGCGCAAGGAUAA